GCAGAAACAAGAAGGAGCAAAAAUGUCAUUCAGAGGAGGUGGUUUCCAAGGCAGAGGUGGUAGAGGUGGAUUCAGAGGUGGUAGACAAUCAGGUGGAUUUCAACAAGGUCCACCAGCCGAAGUGUUAGAAAUGGGAGAAUUUCAACAUGCAGUCGAAUCAGAUAUGCUCUGUUCAGCUACCCUUCCAUCAAAAGUACCAUACUUUAACGCACCAAUUUACUUGCAAAACAAGAAUCAAAUCGGAAAAGUUGAUGAGAUAUUAGGUCCAAUCAACGAUGUUUACUUCACCAUUAAAAUGCAAGAAGGAAUCGUUGCAACUUCAUUCUCAAAAGGCGAUAAAGUUUACAUUGGAUCCGAUAAACUCCUCCCUAUAGAAAGAUUCCUUCCAAAACCAAAAACUGAAGGUGCAAAAGUUGCUAAACCUGCACGUGGUGGCAGAGGCGGCGCUAGAGGCGGCGCAAGAGGUGGUUUCGCUGGUAGAGGUCGUGGUGCACCAAGAGGUGGCGGUGGAUUCAGAGGUGGUGGUAGAGGUGGAAGAGGUGGAUUUGGUGGUGGUAGAGGACGUGGUGGCUACUAGAUUGAAUACAUUAAAACUGAUUACUGUACAAUUCAAUUUCAUUUAUUUAUUCUCUACUUUCA